GAUAAGAUAGCCUUACAUACUAUUUUUUUCUCCUAUAUUCCAACUGUAAGGAAAUAUGUGAGAUAUGGGCAAGACUCUGAUAUGCUUCCCCUCUUCUUAAAAGAAAGACUGAAUCGUGAGCUGCAAUCAGUGUGGGGUAACCAUGUACUUGACAUUGUACCAAGUCAAGAAAGAGAAGAAAAUGGUGCUCCUGGGUUUUCUGAGUCGUUGAGAGUGUGAGUGGGACUUGAGAUCUCUGGGGACCAGCACUACUCCCAGGAUCUUCUCAGUUCACUGGCCGGCCGUAGAGAGAGAGGCUGCUUCCUCCGGUCGGAUGCUGUGACAAACUGCAGCCAUGCUCUGUGGUCUGAGGAGAGAGGCGAAGAACAGCAUCGAUGAUGGACCCUACUCCAAGGGUGGCAAGGACUCUGGAGGGUCUGAGCACUCCCAUUCCUCCAGGAGACACAGUCUGUCAGAGGAGUACCGCGGAGUGACCACUGUGGACCUCAUGAAGAGGGAGGGCAGCAGUCUGGGCCUCACCAUCUCCGGGGGGUCUGAUAAAGAAGGCAAGCCCAGAGUCUCAAACCUGCGGCCAGGAGGGCUAGCUGCCAGGAGUGACCAGCUCAAUGUAGGAGACUACAUCAAGUCAGUGAAUGGCAUCAACCUGUCCAAGCUGCGGCACGAUGAGAUCAUUAGCCUGCUGAAGAACAUCGGGGAGCGGGUGGUGCUGGAGGUGGAGUACGAGCUGCCCCCUUUCGUCCAGAACACUCCAGCAGGUGUCAUAUCCAAGACCAUUGAGGUGUGUUUACACAAGGAAGGCAAUAGCUUUGGGUUUGUCAUGAGAGGAGGCUUCCAUGAAGACUGGCACAGGUCUCGUCCUCUGGUGGUGACCUGCGUCAGGCCUGGGGGCCCUGCUGACAGAGAGGGCACUCUGAAGGCGGGUGACCGCGUGCUGAGUAUGGACGGGAUGCCCUUAAACAGGGAGAAGCACGCUGAUGCUCUGACCAUGCUGAUGCAAUGCGGCCAGGAAGCCCUAUUCCUGAUUGAGUAUGACAUCUCCGUCAUGGAAGCGGUGCAGCAGGCCUCUGGUCCCCUGCUGGUGGAGAUAGUGAAGGGGCCGUCAGCAUGUCUUGGCGUCAGCCUCACCACCUCCCUUUACAGGAACAAGCAGGUCAUUGUCAUCGACAAGAUCAAGCCUGCCAGCGUGGUGGAGAGGUGUGGGGCAUUACAUGGUGGAGAUCUCCUCCUGUCUAUUGAUGGCACCAGCACUGAGCACUGUUCCCUGAUGGAAGCCACUCAGCUAUUGGCCAGCACAUGUGACAUUGUAAAAUUGGAGAUUCUACCGGCUAAUCAGAGCAGGCUUCCCAUCAGGCCCCAGGACACAGUAAAAGUCCAAAAAAGCAACCACCACCACUGGGACCCCAGCAGUAACUUCUGCCACCCCCAGCAUGCCAGAGACUGUAAGACAUGGAGCAGUCCCAGCCACCCACACAACCAGCAGGACCACAGCAAAUCUCUGGUGUGUGGUGGCUUCUCCCCCUCUCCUUCCUCCACAGCCACCUCCGGCUUCAGCAGCCAGGGGAGCAGCACCCUGCCCUGCUCCGGCCCCCUCGUGGCCCCCACCAGCCCCCGCAGCACUGCGGGCAAGAGGAGACACAGGAAGAAGGACCACAAGAGCUCACUAUCACUAGCUUCCAGCUCAGUGGGCCCUGGGGGACAGGUUGUUCACGUGGAGACCAGUGAGGUCGUCCUGAGGGGAGAUCCACUCACAGGGUUUGGGGUCCAGCUGCAGGGGGGAGUGUUUGCCACCGAGACCCUGUCUGCUCCGCCUGUCGUCCGCUUCAUUGAGCCUGACAGCCCUGCCGAAAGGAUUGGUCUUCUGCAGGUGGGGGACAGACUGCUGUCCAUCAACGGCAUCCCCACUGAGGAGGGCACCCUGGAGGAGGCCCAUCAGCUGCUGAGAGAUGCUGCCCUCACCAACAAGGUCACCCUGGAGAUAGAGUUUGAUGUCGCAGAAUCGGUUGUUCCCAGUAGUGGCACAUUCCAUGUAAAACUACCCAAGAGAAGAGGAGUGGAAUUGGGCAUCACGAUAAGUGCAGCAAGUAAGAAGCCUGGGAAGCCCCUUAUCAUCUCCGACAUCAGGAAAGGAAGCAUUGCCCACAGAACAGGCACUCUGGAGCCAGGAGACAGGCUGCUGGCCAUCGAUAACGUCCGUCUGGAGAACUGCACCAUGGAGGACGCCAUGCAUGUUCUGCAUCAGGCCGAGGACAUGGUCAAACUUCGCAUUCAGAAGGAUGAGGACAACGCCGAUGAGCUGGAGAUGUCAGGCUCCAUCAUCUACACAGUGGAGCUGAAGCGCUACAACGGCCCACUAGGCAUCACCAUCUCAGGCACAGAGGAGCCUUUUGACCCCAUUGUCAUCUCUGGACUCUCCAAGAACGGCCUAGCAGAGAGAACCGGAGCCAUCCACAUUGGGGACCGUGUUCUAGCCAUUAAUGGGGUGAGUCUGAAGGGCAAGCCCCUGAGCGAGGCCAUCCACCUCCUGCAGAUGGCCGGGGAGACCGUCACCCUCAAGAUCAAGAAACAGUCAGAUGGUCAGCGGUCAUCAGAAAACACAGGGUUUCUAAGUGACACGGAGGAUGAGCUGACAGAAUCCCAGAAGACCAGUAAACAUUCAGGCGUGUACUCUGCCACCAUCCCUAGCGUGGACUCAGCCCUGAGCUCCUGGGAUGGGUCCGGGAUCGACGCCGGCUAUGGCAGCCAAGGCACCUAUCUCCACAGAGCUGCCGACCUGACUCUUCACCCUAACGAGUGGAGACGCACCAGGCAUAGGACCCACCCCACCCCCACUUACACAGACCUGGGGCACCAUGCCACCCUUUACGAUGGCAGGUUCAGUGAGGAUGACUGGGACAAGUCUGCUGGAUUCGUCAGUCCCCCUCGUUGCCAUGGCACUCUGAACCAGGAAGACAGCUUUUGGUGCCAGGCCCUGCAGGACCUAGAGACCUGUGGCCAAUCAGGGAUACUCAGGGACCUGGAGGCAUCCAUGACAGGCAGUACUCUAAGUCUGUAUCUGGAAGAGACAAAGUCCCAAAGCCAUGAUAGUUCCAUCAAGAGAGAGACCAUACUGGAUGAGGUCAAUACAACAGAGACCAACUCCACCAGGACCAGACCCAGAAUACCCAGGACCCUAGGGGACCCCCAAGAGAUCACAUCCCCCACAACACUGGAACUUCACAAGAUGACCCUGGAUAAGGAUCCGGACAGCAGAGACUUUGGCUUCAGCGUCUCAGAUGGCCUGCUGGAGAAAGGUGUAUACGUCAACAUGAUCCGACCAGAUGGUCCAGCUGACCAGGCAGGGUUGAAACCCUAUGAUCGCAUUCUACAGGUGAACCGUGCCAGGACCAGAGACUUAGACUGCUGCCUGACUGUACCGCUCAUCUCUGACGCAGGCGACAGCCUCAACAUGGUCAUCAGCAGGAACCCGCUGGCACAGGCAGAGACCCCUCAGGACUUCCAGUACCCCUCUGAUUCACUCUUCUGCUUCACAGAGCAAAGGACCAACAGCUACGCUCUGUGACCGAGGUUCUAGGCGUAUCAAUGGACCAAUAGCGCUUUGAAAAUACAGGAAACACUACAUGUAAUCUAAGCAAUGCGCGUGCGAUGAUUUUAUUUUGUUCAUCAUGCACUCACACAUGCAUUGAAUCACACCCACAUACUUGAGAAGAUACACACGUGUACAUAUACAAUAUAACUGUCUGGCACGCUCACAGCCUUCAGUCACGCUGCUGCACCCAUGUCUUCCACAUCUCCAGUAGAAGUCACCGUGUUCAUGGGAUGGAGACCACAAGAGGCUCUGGCUCUGGGACAGCUAAGGCUAAGCCACAUGUAACAUUAUAUAACUAGGAAGGCAUAACGUCACACGCUGUUGGAUGAAUACACACACACGCACACAAACACUACACUGUCUUGAAAAACUUUAAAUGCAACAGGACUUCCUCCAAAGAGGCUGGCAUGCAAAAGACAGCAACAUUUUCAUUAUAUAUACAUAUUUUUGUCAUUGAAAUUUGUUCCUGGUCCUUGUCUCACACAGACACACACACACACGCGCACACACACACACACACACACAUAUAUCCUUGUUCAUAUUGUGAGGGGUGUUGCUAGGCUCAGGUCAUGCAGUGCUUGGUUAUUAUUUAAGCCAAGUUUUGGCUCCUGGCACUCUCCUUCGGCCACCCCAGCCCCCUUCGCUGCCACCCACAGGGACAGAACACAGACCCUAAAUAGAUAGAAUGCUCUCUGCUUCUUGCCAAGUAUCACAAACAUUUCUAUUUUCGAAUCCCCCACCAUUCCAACCCCUCAAUCCUGACGUCAAAAAUGUUUGUGAAAAUUGACUUGGUGAGUCCCGUCCAAGUUUGCCCCCUUUCUGUUUUUAAAUCGUUUUUUUAAACCGUCACAUGAAGGACACAUACUGAUGAAGGGUUGACUCACUGUAUCACUGGACUGUACUGCAGAGGUUAUUGAUUAUGAAUACAAUUAUAUUUUUCAUUUGAUUGUUCACCUGUCUUGAGAUACUGGGUACAUAUCACAUUUCUUUUUUUUUACGUUCAUGUUUUUUAAUAGAUCUUUCACAAUUUAUUUUCCACAAAUUACAGUAUUUGUUUACACUUUCUCUGUCAAAGCAGUUUGACAGGUUUGUGCACUGAAGUCACAUCUCUUCUUUUCUUUGUGUUAUUGUUUGAAUUAUUUUCCAAUGUCACUCACAGUAUUAUGAUGAUGUCACGAGUCCACAUGAAGUUUGCUUUUCUUAUCAACAGCAACCACAAGUCAUGUGUUUAGAAAUGUCCUUGUUUUGAUUUCACCUCCAUUGUCUGUGUUUUGUGUAAAUAGUUGUCUCUCAAGGCAUUGGAUCAUAAUGGCUCACAGUAGCUUACCGGCCCCGGUCUUGCCCUCGACGUGUAGUGACCUACCUUUCAGUUUAAAUGAUGAAUGAUUUUAUUGUUUUACUUUUCAACUAUUCAUGCUUCCUCUGAGGCCCCAUGCCCUCCACAUGAUUCUUUUCUCAUUGCCCUUCUUCACGAUGGCUCCCUCCCAUGUGUGUGCAUGUAUAGGAUUUCUCCCCAGUUCAAAGCUGUCAUUGUUCAUUAAGGGAAUUUCAGAACAUUAGUGUGCUGAACAAUUGACAUCUCUGUUUUGCCCAAAGAAACCUUGCAAGUGCUUUUCCAUUUUAUCAUGACAUUGUGUAUUUUUAUACUGCGCUGACGUUACACAACUGGCCUGCUUACCCAUCUGCCUCGGUGAAAAUAAGAUUAUUUCUUUCAUUUCAUAUAUUGGCUGGUGUAAAGAUGUGAUGAGAUUGCCGACUCAUUCUGUCCCAUUUAGAGCUGAGAGAUGCCUAUUAAUCCUCUGGGGAAAAACUAAAUUGUAAUAUUAUUUCCUGUCAAAAUGUUGCAUGUUGUUUAAAGAGGCCCAUUUUUAUUUUAAUGGUAAAUUUUGAUGAUAUUGGAUUUCUCUUUUAGAGUUGUUUCAAGUACAGUGUUUUUAUCAUCUGACUGACAUGCACGUGUGGUUACUGUAUUUCAGAUGUGAUGCUGAAUGUUUCCUAUGUAGUGUUUUGGUCACAUUGUUCAAUCUCUCCUGAUGUCCUCCAAGGCAUUUGAGUUGGUAACUAAACCUAUUCAAAUGAAAAUUGGCUUGUGAGAUUUACUGUAUACAGAAUUGUAUUCAAAUACAAGAAAUGUAUUUAUUGCUUUUUAUUCAAAUAAAGACAUUAGGAAGUUU